UAUUGAAAAUCAGGUAUAGCCAUCUGCCUGGCAACGAGACGCAAUCGGCUUAAUCGUAUUUUAUCGAUUUCUUUUCCGUAGGACAUUUUAUCAGUGCAACAUCAAAAAGAUCAGCCAGUGUCCCAAAACACUUUCUCCUCAACACUAUGGCUUGCUCUGGAAUUGCUGAACAUAACGAAGCCAGGAGAAGAGCGGGACGGGCCGAAUUGCUGGCUUUUAGGAAAAAGCAAUUGCUGGUAAUGCAAAGACGGGAGUUGGUAAGACAGCAACAAUUAGUGGAAUAUUCGGCAAAGCUUCCCAAUCGGUUCAGUUCUAGAGAUUAUGUCAGUCAAUGGUGAGGAGUGGAGGGCUUUAACAAAUAAUUCAUUCAAACUGGAUUUACCUGGCACAGGAAAAUUUAAAUAUACCAUUGAUUUUGGAACACCUUUUAAAAUUUAUUGUCAAUUAAAACCAAUAAUGAUUUGACAAGAAAAUGGCCAUUGUUCAAAAAAUCUUUUGUUUGAUUUUAUCUAUUUUUGAUUUUCUGUCACAAUUUUCAAACAUUUGAAAACUAAAUGAGAUCUUUUUUUCAUCCCCACUAUUGAUUGUUGGUGCUUUUUUUGAUCAAGAUGGAUAUAGAAAUUUAAUGCUUCAACAAAUGAAUACUUUUAUUAAAAAGAGAGUGUACGAGUCAUAUGAACUUUUCUCUGAUUAUUUAAACCUCACAUAUUUAGUCAGGCUAAGAAAUAAUUUAGAAUGUCAUACAAUAUGAAUGAUGUACAUGAUUUUUUUUCUCCUUUGAAUUUCUACUGUUCAAUAUAUUUUUAAAAUCUAUGAUUUGUAAGUGCAAAGAAACUGAGACACAUAUUAUUGGUUUUUGUUAUUAUCAGUCAUAAUGUUAGUUUAUUUUUUACUGUAGAACUUACUAGAAGGUGGUGUGUUUUCUGUACUUUCUGAACUGCAUGCUAAGAGAAUCCUCAAUAUUUGUGCAGUAGGCACAUGAAUUUUAUUUUUGGUUUUACAUCAAUGUGAUAUUGCCAUGACAACAGUAUUAUAAUGUUUUACACAAAACACUUUGUUAUCAUAUGUAUAUUUUUACACAAUUAUUUAUUUCGUUUACUUUCUAUACAGUUAUUAAUCAUCGUCACUAUCUAUAUGUGCUUUGUGUUCGUGUGAGCUUUCAUGUAAACAAAGUUUAAUCACAAUUGUUAUAUGGUUAUGAAAGUUUUUAGUGUUUAAAGUUGAUCACAAUGAAUUUCUCUUUAUAUAAGCUAUAUAAGAUUUUUGAGAAAGCUGUGCAUGCUAUACUGUUUUCUUGCAUUACAGAAAAUUGUUUGUUUCACAAUCUAAUGUCAAUAAAUAAUUUUGAAACAGUAUUAAA